AUGGAGAUAAGCUUAUGGAUUUACCUAUUGGUUACACUAGCGACACUUGUUUAUUUUUACUCCAAACGAAAGUUCUCUUACUGGAAAGACAGAAAUGUAGUACACGUCGAACCAGUAUUCUUUUACGGUAACAGCAAACCAGUAUUAAGGCAAAAAAUCCAUUUAAGCGAAGUUAUAGGCAAACUUUACAAUAAAGUCAAAUCUCAAGGAAAGCGUUUUGGUGGUCAUUAUACACUAUUCACUCCCCAGUUUAUACCGAUUGAUUUGGAUUUGAUUAAAUGUAUAUUGCAUAAAGAUUUUGCUCAUUUUACGAAUCAUGGGUUUUAUGUUAACGAGGAAAAAGAUCCCCUCACCGGCCAUCUUUUUAACCUUGAAGAUGAGAAAUGGAGGAAUCUUAGAGCAAAAUUGACGCCUACUUUUACAUCAGGGAAAAUGAAGAUGAUGUUUCAAACUAUGGUUAGCUCAUCAGAAGGCCUUCAGGAAAUGCUAAAGAACGCUUCAUCGAGCACAGAACCCGUGGACAUAAAAGACGUUUUAGGCUGCUUCACCACUGACGUCAUUGGGUCAGUGGCAUUCGGUUUGGAUAUAAACAGCAUGAAAAACCCAGACUCCGAAUUUAGAGAAUACGGUAAAAGGAUUUUUAAAAGUUCUUUACUAGGCAGGAUUAAAUUUAUUAUUCUUACCAUAAUACCGCAAUGGUUAUUUAAGAAAAUCGGUAUAAAAAUGAUUUCUAAAGAUAUUGAAAGCUUUUUUAUUAAUUUGGUGAAGAAAACAGUAGCGUACAGAGAAGAAAACAACGUUUACAGAAAAGACUUUAUGCAUCUACUUAUCCAGUUGAAGAAUAUUGGCAAAAUUUCUGAAGAUAAUGAAGAACAGUUAAUGCAAAAGAACAAAAACAACCUCCAGGGUUUGUCUAUAAACGAGAUGGCAGCACAGUCGUUCGUUUUUUUCCUUGCUGGGUUUGAGACAUCAGCCACAACGAUGUCUUUUGCUCUUUUAGAGUUAGCUCAAAAUGAAGAACUUCAAAAUAAAGUAAGAGAUGAAAUCAACAGGGUUCUUGCGAAACAUGAUGAUAAGGUGACGUAUGAAUCAAUCAUGGAUAUGGAGUAUUUGGAGAAAGUGGUGCUAGAAUCUCUCAGAAAACACCCACCUCUAGCAUUGUUACCACGCAUUUGUACCAAAAACUACCAAGUCCCAGACAGCGAUCUUGUCAUUACUGUUGGUACAAGACUAAAUAUUCCAGUCCUUUCGAUUCACAGGGAUCCGGAUUACUAUCCAGAUCCCGACAAGUUCGAUCCAGAGAGGUUCAAUGAAGAAAAUAAGGCCAAAAGACAUCCAUUUGCAUAUUUACCAUUUGGUGAAGGACCUAGAACAUGUAUAGGUUUGAGAUUUGGAAAACUACAAAGCAAGGUGGGCUUAUGUCAUGUUUUAAGAAACUACAAGGUUACUCUCAAUGAAAAAACACAAUUACCAAUAAAGUAUGAAGGUAGCUUAAUCUCAUCUGUCAAGGACGGCAUUUGGCUCAACUUAGAACCCGUUUCAUAG